UCAUGUUUCCCAAUAGAUUAGUAGAUUUCCUCUCCAACUUACCGAUCUUGCCUUUGUUUGCAUAUUAUGUAUGAAGGUUUUACUCCUCGUGAACUUUUAUAUGUCAGGACCACUACUCCGUAAAAUAAGCUAAGGACCAACAGCUCCGGAUGAUCCACAUUCCUGCCAAAAACCGUUUGACACCGAACUUUUCUACUUUUCUACUUUUCUACUUUUCCAUCGAUAGAUAUCGAUCAUACCCACAGAAAUCUCCUCCAUCGUUGCAGUUAUGACGACUUUUCAUUCAAAAAUGGCCUUUCAUACAAUGUUAUAUAUCAAUCGACACAAGGUAAGUGAAAAAUCUCUUGUAAGUGCAUUUCGUUCAGUUGCAAAGAAUUAUUUCACCCCUCCAUGCCCCUUUGAUAUUGUGAGUGAAGAAAGGUACCAUAAUAUAUAAACGGAUAAACUCUCAUGGCAGAACAUCGCGAUAGAGAUGGGGAAACUGGUCAUAACACACCGGCACCAUCAGUCAGAGCCGGCAGUGUUAAUACACAGAAAACCGCGAGGACUACCAGGACGAAUCGUCCGAAUGCUCAAGCUCACACCUCUAAAAGAUCACACCAACAUAAUGGACGACCGCAUGGAGGACGACUGCAUACAAAUAACACACCACCCGAAGCUCGACUGCAACAUUCCCUAGCUGGUAAUGCUGGAGGGCCCCAACACGAACCUCAUUAUGUCGAUAAAGAAUAUUAUGACUUCAAUCCAAAUUACCAAAAACCCAAGGACGAACCAGUAUGGGGAUUGGCGAAACCCCUUCCUCGGGUAGUCAGGCCGGGAAUGAGAAGAGGGAGGAAUAGUGUGGUCGAGAACAAGCUUGCGGCAAAUGAAGAGCCUGGGGAUGCUGAGGCGAUACCACAAGUUGGGAUGAUUGACGAUCAGAGGAAAGGGGAAACGAAAAAGAAAUCGAAUCGACUUGGCAGGAAUGAAGAAGACCGAGGCUAUGGGCACCAACAACAAGAGCGAUGGAGGAGGAGAAGCUAUAGAUCUAAUAGGCAGAAUUCGGAGAAUAUGAUAUUGGAUUAUAAUGGUACCCCGCUAGCCGAGAGAGAUAAUCCUAUGGAUGAUUGGAGAUCUCCAAAUGAUGAUGGAGAGGGCGACUUAGGUCAGCAGAAUACCGAUCGACUUUCUGAUGUUGCGGAACAUCCUUCAGGCUCAGGAUCAACUUUGGCGCAGCAUGCUACGUCGCAAAGUGAAGACUUUGUGAGCGACGAGAAUGACAAGGAGCUAGAUUUGGAAAGGGGGGAUAAUUUAGAAGACGAUGAAUGGUCUUUAAGCAGUGAAGAAGCGAUGCAAUACAUUCAGGAGGAAAAAGAUAAUUCCAACGCCUUAGCAUCAAUACGAACCAAAUUUCGUGAACCAUUAGCUGAAUGCUUAGCAGUAAGUUGAUGAUCCCACAUGAUACUAUAUAUCUAACAAAUAUACAGACCAUGAUUGCAGUUCUUAUAGGUUUAGCCACCAAUCUUGCAGUUCAAACCUCGGCAGAAACUUCAGGCAAUUAUCAAUCCUCAAAUUGGGCUUGGGGCUUGGGGAUCACAAUAGGUAUCUACAUUGCAGGUGGAAUAUCUGGUGCCCAUCUCAAUCCCGCAAUAUCUCUCAUGCUUUGUAUAUACCGCGGCUUCCCCAUACGAAAAGCAUUCAUCUACGUUCUUGCGCAAAUCCUCGGAGGCUUUUUCGCCGGACUGAUUGCAUACGGCAUCUACAAAGACGCAAUUGCCACGUACGACGCAGCCGGUGGUAUACUCGAAAAUGGACAAGUAGUUGACCUACUAUCUGGAGGCACCGGCUCAUCAUUUUACACACAACCAAAAUCCUUCGCAAGCCCACCCUCAAGUUUCUUCAACGAAUUCGUCGCAACCGGCAUCCUAGCCUGCACCAUCCUCGCCCUAGGAGACGACUCCAACGCACCACCAGGAGCAGGUAUGCACGCACUAAUCGUUGGACUCGUCGUCACAGUCCUCACCAUGGCAUUCGGCUACACAACCGGCGCAUGUCUCAACCCAGCACGGGACUUCGGUCCGCGCCUCGCUACCGCCGCCGUCGGCUACGGCAGCGAAGUCUUCACCGUCUCGAAUGCCUGGUGGGUGUAUGGAGCAUGGGGCGCUACGAUUUCAGGAGCAUUAAUAGGAGGAUUGUUAUAUGAUGUGGCUAUUUUUGUCGGAGGUGAGAGUCCGGUUAAUUAUCCGAGGAGGAAACGCAGACAGAUGGCGGAGAAUGCGAAGGAGAAGGCGGAGAAGGGGUGGUGGGGUUUUAAGAGGGAUUUAGAGAUGGGGUUUAAGGGGGAUUCGACGAAGGGAGGUUGAUUUAUUUUUAAUUUGGGAGAGGGUUGGGGGAGGAAUGAAGUGUUUGGUCAUUCAUUCGUUGGAACUUGGAAAGAAUAUCUGAUGUUGAUAUGAUGUGAUGGAAGAUGAUAGAUGAUAGAUAAUAGAUGAGAUUGAGAAUUUAGAAAUCUUGUUAAAAUUCAUAAAGACUUAAAAAACUUAUAAUA